CCACAGUCAUCAACUUCCGAUGUCAGGGGCUGCCUGGGAGACGGAGCAGAAAAAGCGGGCAUAGCGAAAUCUUUAUUGUUUUGUAUAACGUUUAAACUUCUGAAGGCGCUAAUUUCUGGCUUACCAAGUCAAAUAACUUCACUUUGUAGGUCUGUGACCCUUUGGGACUUGCAUCUAGCUCGUGAAAGUGUCUCAUUCAUUCGUCCGUAGUGUGUGUUGCAGCAGGCCUAUUCUUCUGGACUUUGCUACAAGCUAAUCGGCUAACGUUAGCAGGCAGGCUAACGAGCACGUUUUUCUUUCUCAAUCAUUCAUGUCUGUUACGUUGUAAAAUACACACCACAACACUUUAUACGUGUGUUGGUUAUUCAUUUUUGGUAAAUCCGUCGUGAAAUUAUCCGCUCGUCAAAGCUAAUUCGUCGAAGAUAUUUCCAGCUAACAGCUUGUGUUUAAAAGUGUAGCUCACUUUGUUGCUAGCAGAAGCUAGCCACCGCCGACUGAACAACGCAGUCCCAGAGAGCGUAACAGGCUUCCACCCAGAGAUGUCGGACUACGACGAGUUUGAGAGACAGUUGUCUGAAAACAAGCAAGCGGAAAGGGACAAAGAGAACCGCCACCACCGCCGCUCUUCGUCCCGCAGCCGCAGCAGAGAGAGGAAACGGAGGAGCAGAGACAGGGACAGACGCAGCAGGGACCGCCGUGGAGACAGUAAGGAGCGAAGACACAGGCGCAGCUCACCAUCCAGCUACCCCCAAGACAAAGCUGGAAGCCGUUCUCCCCAUCGUGAGAAGAAGAAGAAGGUGAAGAAGUACUGGGAUGUUCCUCCACCGGGUUUUGAACACAUCACUCCCAUGCAGUACAAAGCCAUGCAAGCGGCCGGACAGAUCCCAGCCACGGCCCUGCUGCCCACCAUGACCCCGGAUGGCCUGGCUGUUACUCCCACCCCGGUGCCUGUGGUGGGCAGUCAGAUGACCCGGCAGGCUCGCCGCCUGUAUGUGGGCAACAUCCCAUUUGGCAUCACAGAGGAAUCUAUGAUGGACUUUUUUAACGCUCAGAUGCGUUUGGGGGGUCUGACUCAGGCCCCUGGGAAUCCUGUGCUUGCAGUACAGAUCAACCAGGAUAAGAACUUUGCCUUCCUGGAGUUCCGUUCGGUGGAUGAAACAACACAGGCAAUGGCCUUUGAUGGCAUCAUCUUUCAAGGCCAGAGCCUGAAAAUCCGCCGCCCGCACGAUUACCAGCCCCUGCCUGGCAUGAGCGAGAACCCCAGUGUCUAUGUGCCGGGUACACAGACAAUUAAUGGUGUGGUGUCCACAGUGGUGCCAGAUUCGGCUCACAAGCUCUUUAUAGGUGGUUUGCCGAACUACCUGAAUGAUGACCAGGUGAAGGAACUGCUGACAUCAUUUGGCCCACUGAAGGCCUUUAAUCUGGUGAAAGACAGCGCCACAGGCCUGUCUAAAGGAUACGCUUUCUGUGAAUAUGUUGACGUCAACUUGAAUGAUCAGGCUAUCGCCGGGCUGAACGGCAUGCAGCUGGGAGACAAGAAGCUCCUGGUGCAGAGAGCCAGCGUGGGCUCCAAGAACGCCACUCUGACAACCAUAAACCAGACGCCUGUGACGCUGCAGGUCCCGGGUCUGAACAGCUCUGUGACUCAGAUGGGCGGCCUGCCCACUGAAGUGCUGUGUCUGAUGAACAUGGUGGCCCCAGAGGAGCUCCUGGACGACGAAGAAUAUGAGGAGAUUGUGGAAGAUGUGAGGGAGGAGUGCAGCAAGUACGGCCAAGUCAAGAGCAUCGAGAUACCUCGCCCUGUGGACGGCCUGGAGGUGCCCGGGACCGGCAAGAUCUUUGUGGAGUUCACUUCAGUUUUUGACUCCCAGAAGGCCAUGCAGGGGCUCACAGGAAGGAAGUUUGCCAACAGGGUGGUUGUGACAAAAUACUGCGAUCCAGAUGCUUAUCACCGCCGGGACUUCUGGUAGAUGGGGUGGUGGGUAACAGCUUGGGGGGGUGGGGGGGGGAGGAAGGGAUGGUAAUGUUAUGUAAAUUGCCCGUUUCCAGACCAGCCCUGGCAGUAAUUGGUUGAGCAACAUUUCAGGUAGAUCUUUGACUUUUAAUCAUUUGAUGAAUGACUUCUAUGAUAUCCAGUUUAUUGUUUGAGAUCUACAUGACAUGUCCAGCUGUUAAAACCUAUAUUUGUGAUCGUAAGAAGGUCGGGGUUUGUAAUGAAGGCAUAACAGAGCUAGGUUUGGGUACUAGUUGCGUAGCUGGGUGGGUGGGGCGGGUGGGGAAGGCCAUGAGGAUUUUUGAGAAAUGUGUGUAUUAAAAAGGGCCAGGGGGCGGGAUUUACAGUUUGUUUGUUUUUUUUUGUUUUGUUUUUUUUUGUUUUUCUUUUUAUACUUUGUCCAACCUGAGUGUCAGCUUUGAGAGAAAGUUGGGUUGAAGGGGAACUCCUUACUUUAAAGGUUUGUAUUUAAAUGGAGUAAGCCUAUUUUAAUUAAAUUCAAAAGGAGCUGCCGUACAGAACGACUAGACAAUUCUGAUUGAAAAGAGUAAAGGAGAAAAAAAAAAAAUUUAGGGAGUACGUGUUUGUGAAAGGGAGAUGAAGCAGAAGACGAAGGGCAUUUUCAGUUGAUUUAAUGUAGAUACACGGUAGCCGUAACAACGUCCACCUGUUUUGUCAUCACCGUUGGAGAGGAAAGUUGUUUUAUUUCUGUUAUCUCUUCAUGUUCCUUCGUUUGAUCACUCUGCUGCCCCUCCGUCUGAUUGGACUUUAUCUGAAUGUCGGCUGUAAUCGUUCUGAUAUGUGCGUAGCUUUUCUGAUUCGAGCUGUAAUAUCACCUUGUAUUCAAUCUGCAAAAUAACACAAACCGCUGGAAAAAAAA